UCCACCCAAUGUACCACCCAUAGUCCUGGCACUGCAAGCUGGUCAUUCGAAAUUGACUGGACGGAAAACUGAACGCUAUUUCAGAGGUAGAUUUUACCGAGUGGAUCGGUGAGAAAAGUACUUGGAUCAGCUAAAGACGGGAAGACAUACAGGCAAAAUCUGGGCCAACUAUGUCGUCGUCGGUAAAAUACAAGAGUGACGAAGUGAUCCUAAGCUUCGAGAAAAGCGGAAAGAAGAAUAAAAUCGCAUUGUAUGCCUUUCUAGUGGUGGUGGCGGUUCUAUGUGGUGUGGGUGUUGGUAUAGGGAUUGGCUAUGGCAUUUGGUAUGGUAGCGGACCUAUCAAAGCACCUCAGGGGCCAGGCGAUAAGACUACAGCUUCACCAAAGUUCACGACUAUCAAACCUCAACAGUCCACGCCUAAACAGUCCACACCUAAACCGUCCACACCUAAACCGUCCACGCCUCGACCACCCACACCUCAACAGUCCACACUGCAAGGAACCGUGAGUUCGGCACCCACAACAAAGUCACCACCAGAAAAACCUUGGCUUGAUACACCGUGUUUUACUGAACAACCCCCUCAGUGUCCCAAUGGUGUCGACAGACCACCACUGAUCCUGGUGUCUCUAGACGGAUUCCGGUAUGACUUUCUUCAACGAGGCAUCACCCCCAACCUCAAGAGACUGAGUGACUGCGGAACUCACCCACCCUAUAUGUACCCGACCUUUCCAACGUUGACGUUCCCGAAUCAUUACAGCAUAGUCACGGGUCUUUUACCAGAGCAUCACGGGAUUAUUGGAAACAACAUGUACGACCCCGUACUCAAAAAAUCCUUCUCGCUGAAUGGAGACGAGAAAAACAACAACUACUGGUGGGGAGGCGAACCAAUAUGGAAUACAGCCAUGAAGCAAGGUUUGACUGCAGGCUGUUAUUUCUGGGUCGGCUCGGAAGUUGACAUUCAAGGAAUGAGGCCGGAUUACUGGUUUCCAUAUGAUGGGAGCACCACACCACAGACAAAGAUCAACAAGAUCAAGGAAUGGCUGCAACUUCCAAAUGAUAGCCGUCCUGACUUCAUCACCUUGUAUUUUGACGAGCCUGAUCACACCGGGCACGACUUUGGGCCAAAUUCAGAUGAGCAAGAUGCAAUGGUGACAGAGGUGGAUUCUUACAUCGGCGAUCUGAUGAAUGCGAUCACUGAAGUCAACAUGGAGAACUGUACUAACAUCAUCAUCCUCGCCGAUCACGGAAUGGCGAAUCGCUCUUGCGAUCUCAACAUCAAACUUCAAGACUAUAUCACGACUGGUCAAUACUACUCAAGAAGUUCAGGAGGCACGAUGAUGAGAUACGAUCCUAAAUCGAAUGCUGAGAUAAGUGAGCCUGCAGAUAUUGUCGAACAUUUGAAGUGCAUUAGCCCCGGCUCAGUUGCAUAUGUCAAGACCGAUACUCCGAAACGAUGGCAUUACAUCAACAAUGUACGCAUUGAAGAUACAUUGAUUGCUGUCGAGCAAGGCUACACUAUAUCAAAUGGUCCUUCAGGUGGUUGUGCUGGUGGGGGGCAUGGCUAUGAUAAUCUGAAAGCAGACCAAAUGAGGGCCCUGUUUCUUGCAUACGGUCCAUCUUUCAAAGCCAAUCUUGAGAUCGAACCUUUCAGUAACCUAGAACUAAUGAAUGCCAUGUGUGAUGUCUUAGGCAUCAACCCUCCCCCUAACGACGGCGAGGCAGGUAGCCUACAUCAUAUGCUCUUUAACCCGCCCAGCCUUCCCCAGAAUGAUUCAAGUCUGUCCUCUCCACUCAUGUGUCCAUUCCCUGCAUCCGAUCAAGACUACGUGAACAGGCUCAGUGAAGACAUGUCAAUGUGCAUGUGUGAAACACUGCCAGAUGGAACAUCAGAAACAAUUGAAGAUUUUGAUAAGCAGCUGAAUUUAACUGAAAGUCAAAAACUUGCAUCGAAAACCAAGCAUGCACCCUUUGGUAUGCCUGAGGUUAAUUUCUUGACUGAUUUCUGCGAGUUGACACAAACUGAGUACAUCACGGCUUACAGUCACGAAAUGAAGAUGCCUCUCUAUGCCACCUUUACCAUCGACAAAAAGACAACCAGAAACCCAGCACCAGUGUUUUCCAACUGCACCAGACCUGAUGUACGCAUACCUACUGUCAUGUCUCCUGACUGCUCAGACUACGACAAUGCCGCUGGAGACUGGGCCAACAUCACCAAAGGCUUCCUGUACUCGCCGGGACUGACAGAGACAAUCAAUGCCAAGAUGGAUUCGCUCAUCAGUUCCAACAUGGUUCCACAAUAUACUGGUUUCAUUAAAGAUCUAUGGAGUGGAUUUUUGGAUGUUCAUCUUCCACUCUGGGCUGAUGAAUACAACGGUGUCAACAUUGUGACUGGUCCUAUCUUUGAUUAUAACUUUGACGGCCUCAGAGAUUCUGUGGAAUUCUUAUCACAAACAUCCAGUGCAAGACUCAACGACACCUUUGUCCCAACUCACUUCUUCAUUGUAAUCAAUCGGUGUGUGGAUGGUGGCAAGGCCGUUGACGAUGCCGCUUGUAACAAGCUAGAACCGCUCUCAUUCAUUCUACAGAACAAGGAUGGCGUUCACACGUGUCAGAUGACCCCUGAUUUCAUGGAGACUCACGUUGCCUCAGUAAAGGACGUCGAACUCUUGACCGGUUUACGUUUCUACCCUGACCUGGAUCGUUACGAGUCGAUACGUCUAAGAACAUUCAACAUUGCUGCAAACCAGCUCUUCUCUGAUUGGAGGCUUCAAAACAGUAUGUAAAUGAGGAGUAAUGGUUACAAUUGUCUUACUAUGCAUCCUUGAAGUCGAUACUUUGAUGUCGUUUGACUUCGGCCAUGGACCAAUCACUGUAUAUUCAUGGUGGCCCCCUUCAAUGGCCCAUGAGGGAUUAUCUGAACAAUAGCUAGCACAAUGCUUUCGCCAUUGAUGGGGGCCUCGUGUGUGUGCAGUGAUCACGUCUCAGUGGAUUGGUCUACAGACUCUAUAGUUGUGGGACUAUCAACUUUUAUAUAAUACCUACAGAUCCUUGUCAUUUGAUUGGUGGAACUCACAUUACUUGACACUCAUUAUUCACUCCCAUUCACGCCGGGGCUCAAAAAGUCCCAUUCGCCCAUGGUGAAUGGGAUUUACUGUUUAACAGUUAGGAUCAUCCUUGUUCCAAAGCACGGUGAUUGUGUGC